GUGUGUUGCAGGUAUCUGGAAGUGAUGCGGAAGCUGCAGAAAACCUACAGGAUGGAGCCCGCUGGGAGCCAGGGUGUUUGGGGACUGGAUGACUUUCAGUUCCUUCCCUUCAUCUGGGGAAGCUCCCAGUUUGUAGAUCACCCAACUCUGGAGCCUCGGCACUUCCUCGAGGAGAGGGUGGUGGACGAGCAGCAGCACGAAUACAUGUUUCUGGAGUGCAUCAAGUUCAUAAAUGAGAUGAAGACGGGUCCGUUUGCAGAACACUCGAACCAGCUGUGGAACAUCAGCGCUGUUCCUUCCUGGUCCAAAGUCAACCAGGGUCUGAUCCGAAUGUACAAGGCCGAGUGUCUGGAGAAGUUCCCUGUGAUCCAACACUUCAAGUUCGGCAGCCUGCUGUCCAUCCAGCCGGGGAAACCUUGAUGCUCACCGUGGAAAAACCAAAAUCCCAACAGUUUUCCUCGCCUCUGGCAUCCUCACGUGCAAAUACAACCGUAGCAACCACACACCCCACAGUAUGACACACACACUCUCACAUGUGCACGUCAUGAAAGCUCGUGGGCCUUCGGUAA